UUUCUCUCUAUAUAUUCAGACUUUCCAUUUGUGAUUAAAAUUUUUACACUUUUUUUUAUAAUAACGUGGACAUUUUCCCCAAGGGUGAACAAUGAGGACUACUGGUGCAGUGGACUGUUUGUACUAUUGCAUGCUCAUCCUGCAGCUUGUGCAUCAGCCCGCUGCCAAGCAAGUGCUCCGGUACCGCUUAGCUGAGGAAGGACCCGCCGAUGUCAGAGUAGGCAACGUAGCCGGCGACUUGGGCAUAGUAGCUGGGUCCGGUGAGGUGACUUUCACUCUUGAAUCUGGCUCAGAUUUUUUCAAAAUAGACAACAUAACAGGUGAGCUCACCACCAAUGAAAGGCGAAUAGACCGCGAGAAAUUACAGCAGUGCCAAAUGAUCUUUGACGAAAAUGAGUGUUUUAUAGAUUUUGAAGUGUCCGUGAUUGGACCAGCACAGAGCUGGGUCGACCUCUUUGAAGGAAAAGUCAUCAUAUUAGAUAUAAAUGACAACACCCCGUCUUUCCCUUCACCUGUCCUGACUCUGUCUGUGGAGGAAAACAGACCCAUAGGAACUCUUUAUCUACUGCCCACAGCCACAGACAGAGAUUUUGGCAGGAAUGGAAUAGAAAGAUACGAGCUUAUUCAGGACAAUGGGGAGAACUCAAGGCGCUUGGGGUCUUCUGGGGAUCCAUACUCUGGGAAGAGGAGAUUUGAGGAAGGAGCAAGCAGGAGCAGUGUCUUUGAACUGCAAGUUGCUGACACUACUGAUGGAGAGAAGCAGCCUCAACUCAUCAUUAAAGGAGCCCUUGAUAGAGAACAGAGAGACUCCUAUGAGCUCACGUUGCGCGUUAGGGAUGGUGGAGAUCCCCCUCGCUCUUCUCAGGCCAUUUUGAGGGUAAUGAUCACUGACGUGAAUGACAACAGCCCUCGAUUUGAGAAGAGUGUGUAUGAAGCCGACCUAGCAGAAAACAGCCCCCCUGGUGCACCCAUACUACAGCUUAAAGCGGCUGAUGCAGACGUGGGGGUUAAUGGUCAAAUCGAGUAUGUGUUUGGGGCAGCCACAGAAUCAGUAAGGAGGCUGCUGAGGUUGGAUGAGAGCACAGGGUGGCUGAGUGUGUUGCACCGCAUUGACCGUGAAGAAGUGAGCCAACUGAGAUUCACAGUAAUGGCCCGUGACCGAGGCCAGCCACCCAAAAUGGACAAGGCCACAGUGGUGUUAAACAUCAAGGAUGAAAAUGAUAAUGUCCCUUCUAUUGAAAUCCGAAAAAUUGGACGCAUUUUUCUAAAAGAUGGGGUGGCUAACGUGGCUGAGGAUGUGGUGGUGGACACACCCAUUGCCUUAGUUCAGGUAUCAGACCGUGAUCAGGGGGAAAAUGGCAUAGUUACCUGCACAGUGGUAGGAGAUGUGCCUUUUCAGCUCAAACCAGCCAGUGAGAUGGAGGGUGAGCAGAAUAAAAAGAAGUAUUUCCUGCACACGUCUGCACCACUGGACUAUGAAGCCACACAGGAAUACAAUGUGGUCAUAGUGGCUGUGGACUCCGGAAGCCCUAGCCUGGCAAGUAAUAACUCUCUUAUCGUCAAAGUGGGCGACACUAAUGACAACCCUCCUAUCUUCAGUCAGAAUGUAGUAGAGGUGUCGUUCCCUGAAAACAAUGCCCCUGGCGAGAGGGUGACAACAGUAGCAGCAAUUGAUGCAGAUAGUGGGAAGAAUGCUGAAAUAGCUUAUUCCCUAGACUCAUCAGUAAAUGGGAUUUUCUCUAUUGAUGCAGACAGUGGAGAUAUCCGAAUAAACACCAUCCUGGAUAGAGAGCAAACAGAGCGCUACGAAUUCAAAGUGAUCGCUAAAGAUAAGGGUAUAAACACACUUCAGGGUUCUGCAACUGUGGUUGUCCUUGUGGCCGACAAGAAUGACAAUGAGCCAAAGUUCAUGCAGGAUGUGUUCACUUUCUAUGUAAAAGAAAACCUUGAUCCAAACAGCCCAGUUGGCAUGGUUACAGUGAUUGAUGCAGAUAAAGGCCAAAAUGCAGAGAUGGGUCUUUUUAUUGAGGAAGAGGAAGACAUCUUUUCCAUUGAGAAUGAAACUGGGACUAUUUUCUCCACCUUGUCCUUUGAUCGAGAGCAGAAAACUACAUACACAUUCCGCGUUAAAGCUGUGGAUGGUGGUGACCCUCCCCGAUCCGCCACAGCCACAGUUUCACUCUUCGUCAUGGAUGAAAAUGACAAUGCUCCAACAGUCACUUUUCCAAUAAACAGCUCUUACACCCUUCUUCCUCCCUCCAGUAAUAUCAGAACAGUAGUCAGAACAGUCGUGGCCACUGAUACAGACACUGGCAUCAACGCGGACCUCAACUACAGCAUUAUUGGGGGCAACCCCUUCAAGCUGUUUGAGAUUGAUGGAGGCACUGGGGUCAUUUCACUGAUGGCGAAGCUUGAGCAGAAACAUUACGGCCUCCACAGACUGGUAGUCCAGGUGAAUGAUAGUGGGCAACCUUCGCAGAGCACCACCACACUUGUUCAUGUGUAUGUUAAUGAGACACUUUCCAAUUCUACAGUAGUAGAUGCCCAGGUGGCUAAGAGUCUGAGCACAUCUCUUAACACUAACAUUGCUGGUGACCCCAACUAUGAUCUAAGCAAACAACGCUUAAGCAUAGUAAUUGGAGUAGUUUCAGGCAUCAUGACUGUCAUUCUCAUCAUUCUUGUUGUUGUCAUGGCCCGUUAUUGCCGUCCAAAGAAUAAGAAUGGCUAUGAGGCUGGGAAGAAAGAUCAUGAAGACUUCUUCACACCACAGCAACAUGACAAAUCCAAGAAGCCCAAGAAAGACAAGAAGAAACAGAAGUCCAAACAGCCUCUCUACAGUAGUAUUGUCACCGUAGAGGCUUCCAAACCCAAUGGGCAGCGCUAUGAUGGCGUCAACGAGAAGCUGUCGGACAGUCCUGGCAUGGGCCGCUACCGUUCAGUCAACGGUGGGCCAGGGAGCCCAGACCUGGCACGGCACUACAAGUCCAGUUCACCGCUACCCACUGUUCAGCUUCACCCACAGUCACCAACAGCUGGGAAAAAGCACCAGGCAGUUCAGGACCUUCCCCCUGCCAAUACCUUUGUUGGUACCGGAGAUAACAUUUCUCUCGGAUCUGACCACUGCUCUGAGUACAGCACUCAAACCAUCAACAAGUACAACAAACAGCCGUUUCGCCGAGUGACCUUCUCGGUGGUGAGCCAGCCCCAGGACCCUCACCAGCAGGGAUCUCUGCAGAGCUGUUACGACAGCGGCCUGGAUGAAUCCGAGACACCCAGCAGCAAGAGUUCGUCGGGCCCCCGGCUGGGCGCCCUUCCCCUGCCUGAGGACAGCUACGAGAGGACAACGCCGGAUGGCAGUGUCGGUGAGGCAGAGCACAUGGAAAAUGACUCCCGGCCCUUGCCUGACGUAGCCAUGACUGGCAAGUGCACACGGGAAUGCGACGAGUAUGGCCACUCGGACUCCUGCUGGAUGCCUGUGCGCACGUCGCCGGAGCGACGGCCAUCUAAGUCAACAACCAACCCCCAACAACCAAAGCUUUCCACUUUCAUGACCGCCAAUGGUGGCGGCAGCAGCAGCGCUGAGCAGCCCGGCAGCCAGGAGACCCUCGCCAUGGCCGCCAUGGCCAACGGAGACCCCACCGCUGCUCACAUGAUGGGAGACCGCAAUCGCAACCUGCUCAACAAGAAGAUGGCCUCCUCCUCCUCUUCCUACGAGGCCUUCGGUUCACCUUCCUACAGCUCGCCGGGAGGCGGGGAGGAGGUGCUGGGCCACCCCACUGAGGAGAUCCCCCUUGCACCUACUGGGGAGUACAAGCCCACAUCUUGUGGUACUCUGACACGACGGGAGGUGUACCUGUGAGCUGAGAGGUUUCCACACAGCUUGUGUGCCACCACACGUGGCAUUGAAAUACACUUCUAAGCAUAGUUGUUUACCCAUCACCAUUAAAGCUCUAGAAGAUUUUAGCCACUCAAAGUAGGACUAAACUUUCUCCGAAGACCUUUACAACAACUCCCCUAAUGAAAAAUCUGAGUGGACAAAUAAACAUUUUUAAAGUGCUAACCCCAGCUUUGACUUAGAGGAAAAAAGGAGGAGGAGGAGGAGGAACUUUGAGCAAGGCUGUUCUAUUGGCAAGUCGGGCUCUUGGGACACAAUCUGCUGCUUGACAGUCAAUCUGUACAGUAAUCAACUCAUUUUACAUAUAUAGAGCACACGCAUGAGUCAUCCCUGUUCUCAUUGAAGGCCCCCUCCCCUUAAGACGACACUGUACAAAACAGCCCUUUUUUGUUUUUUUUUUUUUUUUUUUGUUUUAUAGAAUCAAAGCUGUACAUCUCAACUGUUUUGACUUUGCAGUGUGUCUGAAUUUGCCUUUCUUUAAAAAAAUUCAGAACAGUGCAAGAGUAUGUCCAAGAGGCAGUGUGGCCAGAGACACAAACUGGAUUCUUGUGAUUUAUCAAACUGACCAUGGAUUCUGUCACCUAUGGCAUUUAUGCUUAAAGUUACAGAUCAAAAAGCCAACUGCAUAUGUAUCAUGUAAAGAUAGGUAGGACUAAGCUUUAAAUACUCUGUCCUCUUCUUGAUCUGGAGACUCUUGGAUAGAAGUGGGAGCUAGAGGAAUUUGCUGCAACAUCUGUUUAGCUGGACUGCAACCCCACUCGGAGCCUAUGAUGAACUUGUAACGACUGAUUCUAACCAACAGUGUACACACUUUUCAGAGGUAUCACUCAAUGUACAUAAACAUUGGACCUCAGCGACAGUGUUGACUGCUCUCAUUCCUCCCUUUCCUUAGUCUCUCUUUGUCUUUGAUUGGUGACAUCAAGACCAAAACCCUCCUGAGAAAUGCAAGAUCUUACACCGACAACUGCAUUAACUGGAAGAGCGUGGUGGUGUUCAGUUUUUGGAUCGCCUGUGUAGAAUGGUACAUUUGAAACCAAGCUGUAACACCUAUUUUGCUCAAAUGAACACACACACAUGCAGAAACAAAUCUAUUUCAUUAAGGCCAGUGGCACUGCCAUAAUGACUGAAAAAUUCUUGGUAAGCACAGUGUCUGGCUUUAGGUUACAUGUACACAGGUGAAGUUGGAAUUUUAUGUGUAUUAGGAGUGUGUCUGUAAAAGUGCACCUUUGAUAGGCUUAAGAGGGCAUAAACAUGGCAAAGUUGGUCCUAAAACAGCUGCAAGGACAGUCUUUUACAGCUAUUUCCUUCCCUUUUUCUUUUCUUUUUUUUAUUUAUGUGCGUGUGUAGGACUGAGCAAUAAAUUUCAUAAUGUACAAGCGACUAACAAGCAUCAGCUCCUAUUUUACGCCCUCUCUCAAGCCUUCAAGGUGACACUAGUCACCACACUCCUGUCCAAGAUUCCUUUAAGCACUCGUAGUUGUUGCUUUGCGUAGCAUGAAUGUAAGAAUCAGCUCAGUGGAGAACAAUCACAAAGCGGCAACGUCUGAAUGAAUAGAUACCAGGAGGUGUUUGGAUUACACGCUGAGAAAUUUGGUGUCAAAGUGAAAAAAACCAAAGCUUCGCAAGCAGGAUGAAGCGUCCCAACCCACUUCUCACACACACACACAAAGAAAAAUAGCUUUCUUAGAGGACUUUGCUUUAAGUAAACAUCACAUGGAGAAUUUCUUUUUUCUGUUUCUUAUUUUUUUCUAAUUGAAAGAUUGAGCUUGAAUGAUAAUGUGAUGUUUCA